AUGUCCCAAAAUCCAAAUCCUCCCAGCGUGGCUCUGGAGUCGGAGUCGACAGCCCCUCCAUCGGUUCCGCCCUGCAAAGUCAUCCUUGCCAAUACAAUUGCGAAGAGCUUGCUUGGGGAGGUGGCAAAAGGGCUGGCAGAGCUGGACUUCAAGCCUAAGCUGGUUGGAUUUCUGGCGAAUGGAGACCCUGCUGCUCAGGUGUAUGCUGAUUACUCGGCCAAGACUUGCAAAGAGAAUGGCUUCCUCUUUGAAAACCGCGAAAUCUCCAAAGAAGACAUUGAAGAAGCCAUUCUCGCCGCCAACAAAGACCCCUCGAUCCACGGCAUCAUAGUCUACUAUCCCAUCUUCCCCGCUCACUCCAAACAAGACUACUACAUCCAGCAGCUGGUCUCGCCCACCAAAGACGUCGAAGGCCUAUCCUUCCGAUACAACUUCAACAUGUACCAAAACAUCCGCUUCCUCGAUCCUCCUACCAACGCCCAUAAAUCGAUCCUGCCUUGUACGCCUCUUGCUGUAGUCAAGGUUCUGGAGUACUUGCAGAUCUACAACACGAUUAUGCCGUAUGGAAACCGUCUGUUUGGAAAGAAUAUCACAGUCAUCAAUCGUUCUGAAGUUGUAGGCCGACCGCUGGCUGCACUGCUUGCGAAUGAUGGUGCUCACGUCUAUUCCGUGGACUUGGAUGGCGUACAAAUCUUCACUCGGGGAACGGGCAUCAAGAACCACAAGUACGAGGCACACCCCAAGCCGGACAUGGAUUUGAAGCAGUGUUUGGCGAUCAGUGAUGUUGUUGUCAGUGGUGUACCAGGGAAGAACUAUAAGGUAGACCCGAAGAUGAUUAAGGACGGAGCUGUGUGCAUCAACUUCUCCAGCGAGAAAAAUUUCGAUACUGCUGCUGUUAAGGAGCAUGCUAGCAUAUUCGUGCCGGCGAUUGGGAAGGUCACCAUUGCUGUUCUUUUAAGAAACCUGCUGAGGCUAUCUCGAGACAAUGCAGUAGUCAAGCCAGUGCAAUAG